UCCUCUGUUCCGUCAUCCUUAUCGAUCAUGAUAAUAUUUAUCGGCCUUUCUCCCUAAUCGAUUCCCUAAUCGCAUUCCCCAAAUCAUCCAGUACUAGCCGGCAACAUGAUGGCAACUAAUGCUUCUGCGCAGCCCGUCUGCCAAAACUGCGGAACGUCGACAACGCCGCUAUGGCGUCGCGACGAGUUUGGAUCUGUCCUGUGCAAUGCGUGCGGACUUUUCCUCAAGCUGCAUGGACGACCACGACCGAUAUCUCUCAAGACGGACGUUAUCAAGAGCCGAAACCGCGUUAAGACGAUGCGACCGGACCUUGCUCCUAAGAGAAAGCAACAACAGCACGGAUUUCCCCUUGCGACAGACCCCAAUAGCGCCGAGAACACUGCGGCGCAGGCCGUUCGCAGAGCGCAGAAGAUGAAUGGUGAGGGCCCCGAGUCGCCCAUCUCGCGGACCGGGACUCCCUCCAUGUACAACCACUCAAUGCCGUCAUUCAUGGUCGACGACCCGUCCCAGGCAGGCGUUGCCGGCUUCAAUGGAGAGGGACGCGCCGGCUCACCCAUGAAUGGAGACCGGGGGCUCGAGUCUCCACAGACGCAGGAGCAGCUCAUUGCCAACAAUUCCAGCCUGAAAACCAGAGUCAGAGAACUCGAAUUUAUCAACGAGCUCUUCCGUGGCCGUCUGAGCCAACUCGAGCAGCAGGAGGCGGCUGCAUCUGCGGCGCUCAGGGGCCAGGAAGUCGCUGGUGUCGAGCACACUCAGCUGCGGGCUCAGUUAGAUGCAAGCAAGGAGGUUGAAAAUCAGCUUCGAGCUCAGCUGGAAGACAGCCACCGAAGAGAAAACAACCUCAAGCGACGUCUCGACGAACUGGAGCUUGAGUUGCGGGCUGCGAAGGAGGCCCUGUCUGAAGCUGACUCGCGGCCCUACAAGAAGCCUCGCACCAUCGACUCUGAGGAGGCCGUCAAAGCAGAAGCGGCCGAUGCCUUGGCUGCGGUCGCGGUUGCUGUCGCGCCGGAGCUAAUGAUGGACGCUCACAUGGCAGAGGUGGCUGCUGAAGAAACCGUCACCGAAACUAUUGAGGCGUCGUCGGGCUUACCCAUGGAUGGCGCUGUAGAGGCAUCUGCGGAAACAGUUGUUGAAACGCACACCGAAACGCACACGGAAGUUACGACGGAAGAGGCAGCGCAGCCUGCUGUCGAGCCAACUGCAGAGCAGGCCUUGGAACCGACUGCAGACACGACCACCGACGUGGCUGCUGAGGACACUGUUGAGCCCACUGCCGAAUCAGAGGCAGAGCCGGCUCCAGAAGCUCCCGAAGCCGCGGCGGCGGACGCAGACGAGGCUGCCCCUGAACUGGAGGGUGCUGCGGCCCCCGCCGAAGUCGUUGCGUGA